CAAUCCGAUUUACAACCAUCAUCAUUACCAUUAUCAUCAUUAUCAUCGAAUGUUUCUGUCAAAUCAAACAAUAUAAAAUAUAUACCAAUUCAAAGGAUUAAUGAUGGUGAAUCGACGAAUAUUCCAUCUAUUUCGACUGUAAAGGUUUCGAGUAAGGCUUCCAAUGAUCAAAUUGAAUCAAAUUUUCAACAAAAAUCAAUGAAAACAUCGAUAAAUCAUCAUUCCAAUGAUAAAAUAUCAUUCCAACAACAACAACAACAGCCAAAAUUUAUUGUUUUAGAUGAAGAAAAUGAUUAUACGAAUACGCCUAAAAAAAUAACAACAUCUACGCCUAAAAAAGAUGAUUUUGAAUUCGAACACCAACAACAACCGGAGAUAUUAUUUCCAAAAGUUGAUCUUUUUAGUUGUGAUCAAUAUCCACCACUGCCAUCAUCAUUAUCAUCCGAUAUGAUUAAUGAUAAACGGAUUAAUAAUGGUGGACAUGAUGAUCUCAUUGGACAAAUUUUUUCAUUAGCUGAUACACAAAAAAAUUCAAUGUUAUCAAUGAUAAUGAUGACGGGCGAUAAUAAUUUUCAAAAUGAUAAUAACGAUAAGUCAUCUAGUUGUGAUAAAUUGGAUAUUAUUCAAUCACCAUCUGAUAAUCGAUUAUCAAUCGAUAAGCAUCAUCAUCGAUCUGAAAAUGAUUUAACAAUGAAAAAUGAUUUAACCCGUUUAGCGCAUUUAAAAGAAGAACAACAACCGCAACAAUCAGAUAAUUAUUAUUAUGAUGGUAUGAUUGAUAGAUUUAGGAAAAAAUUUUCGUUAAGAUCACAGCAAUCACGAAUAUCACUUUCAGCUGAUAAUUCACCUAAACAUAAAAUCAAUAAUAUGAAUUAUAAAAUCGAUAUCAAUCAGAAUAAAAUUGAUUUUGUGAAUGGUGGUGGUGGUAUUGAAAAACAAUCGAAAAAACAAUUGGAACGAUAUACACCAUCACCAGAAAUACAACAACGACGACAAUUUAUGUCAAUAAAUCGAAAAUCAUUACGGAAAAUUUCGAAAAAACAUGGCCGUUUAAAACGAUCACAAACACAACCAUUGAAUGAUGAUAAUGAUAAUGUGGAAAAGAAGAAUCUAUUAAUGAAUAAAGAUUCGGAAAUCAACAACAAUAAAUGUUUGUUUGGUAUGAAUGGUGAAAUUACUAUUGAUAAUGAUGAUGAUAAUUAUAAAAGAAAUAUCAUCUAUGCGGAAGCCAUUUUUGAUUAUCAAGGUAAUGAUAAUGAAGAAUUAUCAUUUAAUGCUGGUGAUUUGAUCGAAGUAAGCGAUAUUAGUCAUAAACAAUGGUGGUGGGGAACAAUCAAGGCUAUUACUAAUAAAUCAAUAUCAACAUCAACCAAAUCAAAAUCGACAUCAACAACAACAUCGCAACCAUCGAUAUCAAAAACCAUGACAACAACAUGUGAUGAAAUCCGACACGGAUGGAUACCAGCUUCCUAUGUUCGUUUAAAAGUUAGCCAAGAAGAUACAAUUGAAGAAUCAUUACAAAAUGUUACUGACCAUCAUCAUAGAUCAUUAUUGAUUGAUAAUCAACAACAACAACCAAACGAUAAUAAUAUUGUCGACAACAACAACGACCAAAACGAUAUGUCACCAUCAUCACAGAUAUCUAAUACAACAACACCAUUAACAACAUCGACAACAACAAAAUUAAUGAGUUCGGAACAAGUUCGUUCGAAUAUUAUCCUGGAAAUAUGGAAUACUGAAAAAGAUUUUGUUAAAAAUUUAAAAGAUGUUAUCGAUGGUUAUCUAAAACCAUGUCGUGAUCGUAAAGAUAUGUUCGAUGAAUUACGUAUACAAACAAUAUUUGGUAAUAUUGAAGAAUUAUAUGAAUUUCAAUCAAAAUUUCUUGAACAAUUAGAUAAAUGUAUUGAUCGAAAAAAUCUAGCUGCAAGUUGUAUUGGUCAUUGUUUCCUAUCGAAUGAAAAAGGUUUUGAUUGUUAUAGUGAUUUUUGUAAAAAUCAUCCAUUAGCAACAAGUGAAUUACAAGAUCUUUAUACUGAUCAUAAAUAUGUAAUAUUUUUUGAAGGUUGUCGCCUGUUACAGAAUAUGAUCGAUAUAUCAUUGGAUGGAUUUUUAUUAACACCGAUACAAAAAAUAUGUAAAUAUCCAUUACAAUUAGCUGAAUUACUUAAAUAUACACGUAUAGAACAUUUAGAUUAUCAAUCAAUUGCUGAAGCAUAUAAAUGUAUGCAACGUGUUGCACAAUUAGUUAAUGAACGUAAAUCACGUUUUGAAUCAUUGGAAAAAUUAUUAUCCAUACAGGAAUUAUUUGAAAAUUGGGAUGGACCAUCAUUAUUGGAUACAUCAUCAUUAUUAAUACAUUCGGGUGAAAUUACACGUAUAAUACGUACAACAUGGUCAAAAGAAUUAACUGUAUUUAUUUUUGAUCACCUGUUAAUCAUGGCAAGAAAAGAUAGUCGUUUAUUGAAAAAACGUACAUAUUUAUUUAAAACACGUAUUGAAUUGGAUUAUAUUGAUACGGUUAUAUCGUUGGAUGAUAAUGUUAAAGAUAAUCAUUUUAAUAUUAUGGUUAAAAAUGCAUUUAAAUUUUAUUAUCAUCCAAAACAAAAAUGGUAUCUGUUUCAGGCAAAAUCUUUGGAAGAUAAAGAAAUUUGGUUACGGGCAUUCGAACAAGAACGACAGCGUUGUCGAGAUGAUCAACAACAAUGUUUCAUUGUUACUGAACAGGAUAAAAAAAGUGCAAAAUUAGCACAUCAAAAUCAAUUGAAACAAAAACAAAAACCUAAAUAUUUUGGUAAUAAUAUAAGAAAACCAACAUUAUAUACAACGAAAAUAUCAACAAGAAAACCGGAUACAGUUAUUGCUGAAAUUCCAUUAGGACCAAUGAAAGGUUUUGAAAUUGAUCGUUAUAAUCGUGCCGGUAGUCUGCCAUCAUAUAUUUAUCAUCAGGAAAAACAUCGUAUUCAUAAUAAUAAUAAUAAUAAUCUUUUUAUCAAUAAUAAUCAUCAUCAUCCACAUUCAAAUAAAAAUCGACAAUCAACAAUGAAUAAAAAAUCCAAUCGUACAAAUUGGUUUCAAUUUGGUAAUAAUAACCAUAAUAAUAAUGGUGGUGGUGGAGAUGAUAAUACCACGAAACAAAUGUUGAAAUAAGGCAACCGGAUUGCCGAUUCUUUUCUACAAAAAAAAACAUUUACAUUCCCGUGUGCAAUACAUAGUCAUCAUCAUCAUUAUCUUCCAUAGAAUUUUCCAUAGAUGAAUCAUUGUUCAGAAUUUUGUAAAAAACAUUUUUUUUGUGAUUUUUUUUCCUUCAUUUUUUUUGAAUUCAUUUU